AUGAGAGAAUUCUAUACUGGUUGGCUUACUCAUUGGGGAGAGAACAUCGUGAAAACAAAUGCUGCUUCUACUGCAGCUGCUUUGGAGAAAAUAUUGUCGAGGAAUGGAUCUGCUGUGCUUUACAUGGCACAUGGUGGAACAAACUUCGGAUUUUACAGCGGUUCUAAUACUGGUGCAAAUGAGUCAGAUUACAAGCCUGAUCUUACUUCUUAUGAUUAUGAUGCGCCAAUCCAGGAAUCUGGUGAUGUGAACAAUGCAAAGUUCAAAGCUCUACGGAGAGUCAUAAACAAAUAUAGUUCGGCAUCUCUUCCUUCAAUUCCUCGCAAUCCUAACAGAACAGCAUAUGGGCAUAUCCAGUUAAAGAAAACUGUGUAUUUGCUUGAUACCCUUAACAUUAAAAAUACAAUUGAUGUAGCUGAAUCUGAAAGCCCAAUUUCAAUGGAGUCUGCUGGUCAGUAUGCUGGAAACAAUGAAGGAAGCAUUCUGUCCAUACCAAAGGUGCACGACAGAGCUCAAGUAUUCAUUUCAUGUCCUUCUAGAAAUGAUGAUGAAAGACCAACAUAUAUUGGCACAAUUGAGAGAUGGUCUAAUAGACCUCUUCAUCUCCCUUAUAUUAAUUGUCCUUCUUACAAUAAAUUGUUUGUCUUGUACGGGGCAGAUCGUUUGAUCAGGGGCCAUUUGAACAAAUUCCAUGAGUUGGGCCAUUCGAAUGAAGAGUGUGAAGGAGGCGGUUCGAAUGAAAAGCAAGGUUCAAAUGGAGAAGGCAGUUUGAAUGCGGGAUGCGAUUGGAACAAAGAUCAUUCAAACGAAGGGCAUUUGAACAAAAAGCACUCGAGUGAAGGCUCCAAGGUUGGGCCAUCUGAAGGGUAG